AUGUAUUUAGUUAUAUUAUUAUUAUUGCAUACUAGUGCUAGUGCUAAGGAGAUUAAUCUGGAUGUAAAUUGCAGACAUGUAGCGAAGCUGGUUGGGAUGCCGAACUAUUCUAGACACGUCGGGCAAGCGCUGAAGUAUUUGCCUGAGGAUUCGGAUGUGCCUUGGCAACGCGUUGUUUCUUCGACUGGUAAGAUCUCUUCACGCGGUCCUGGAACGAACGGGGCACAAAGACAGCGUGAAGCGCUUGAGGAGGAGGGCGUCGAGGUACGCGUAACACGCGAGAACGAAUUUACGGUGAAUUGGGCGGAAUGUGAAUGGUUCCCUGAGCAGGUUAAUCUCCAACCCGAGCUAGAGACUAGUGCCAAUGGCGACGGUGACGGGGUUCGCGGUAUGUCAGACCAGGAGACAGGAGGACAGGCGGGAGAUCGUAAUAAUGAAGACGCUAACAGAACCGCAGAGUCGAACGACGAAGAGACAAAUGACGGAGAGCGGGAAAGUUGAUUGGCUCGCUUCGGUUCUGGGGGUGGGGAGAGCCUUGAGCCUUGAGAGCCUUGUGCGUUCCUGUUUGGGCGAGGAAAGGAUGGUCGAGCGUCGAUUCUCGAAAGAGCUCGACAUCGGAAGCUAAUUUCUUCUCUUUCAAUCUGGUUCAAUGCAGUUGGAGCGAUCAAGCCAACCAACCUCUCCGUCGUCUCCAUCUGCGAUGCAACUAACAAAGCACGCUAUCCACCCUGACUGAAUCCGCCGGCGGUCCUAAGUACCAGUACUCCGCCAUAUUCGAUUUGUUUCCGUCGAAACAAACGAUCAGGGGGAGAGAGACGACAUCUUCGAAUUUGUCAUAUUUGGAUGUCUCUUCUCUUCACAUUCUUCAG